UAACAAAAUGCCCCCGUCCUCCUCUUCCUCCGUUUCCUUCUCUUCCUUAUUGUCCUCCUCUUCCUCACCCCUGCUGCCUCUCCUCCUCCUCCUCCUCCUUCCACCCCUGUCGCCUCGCGGUGCGACAAACGCGGUAGCGGCGGACGCAGGAUGCGGCUCUUUCCGCUCCGGUAACGACCACUUCGUGCUGGACGCAGAGGACGCGGUGAGGGACGGCGCGGCCCCGCUGGACACCGCGCGCGUCCGCUCCAUGGACGAGUGCGAGCGCGCGUGCUGCCGUGAUCCGCGAUGCAGCCUCGCGCUGCUGGAGCCGCCCGGUACCGGACAGACCCUCCGCAUGUGCUCCCUGUUCAACUGCAUCCACAGGAACCGGUUCGUGUGCAGGUUCGUGAACCAGGAGGGGUACCAGAGCUCCAUCAGAGACGCCGUGUUCCAGAGACACCUGCAGGGACCAGGUAAACAGGCUCCGCCCAUUGCCAACGCGGGCCGUGACGUGGUGGUCCAGCCCGGGGUGGAGGUGACAUUGAACGGCAUCGAGAGUCUGGCCCUGGACGACGCUCACAUCACCGACUACCGCUGGAGUCUGCUGGACGGAGACCACGGCGUCAAGAUGGAGGAGACGGAUCUACCUGACCAGGUGAGACUCUCCAACCUGCAGCCGGGUCUCUACGUCCUCCAGCUGACUGUCACCGACUCCAGAGGACACACCGGCAAAGCCAACGUCUCCGUCACUGUCCUCAGCCCCGAGCUCACCAGCAGGUUCUGCCUGGCCCCCCUGAAGGUGGGUCCGUGCCGCGCCUCCUUCCCUCGCUGGUGCUACGACGCCUCCUCAGGAACCUGCACCAGGUUUGAGUUUGGAGGCUGUCACCCCAACGACAACAACUACCUGUCUCAGGACGAGUGUGAGAGCGCGUGCAGCGGAGUCACAGCUUUGUCUGAAAGGAGCGUCUCACUGCCAUCAUCAGAGGUGUGCGAUGUGCCUUGUGGUCCUGAUGAGCUGGUCUGUGGGAGCGGUUGUUGUGUGGACCGACGUCUGGAGUGUGACGGAGUUACACACUGUGGAGACGGCACGGACGAGGAGCACUGCACACAACUGAACCAGACCUUCAGUGAACUCCUGAGCAUCGAUGUGAACCACAGGAGAGCCAGGUGUACGGAGCCCCCCGUCACCGGUCCAUGCCGGGCCAGUCACACCCGCUGGUACUACGACCCCCUGAACCAACAGUGCUACCGCUUCACCUUUGGAGGUUGCCAGGGAAACGACAACAACUUUGAGGAAGAGGAGAGAUGCAGCGAGACGUGUCAGGGCGUCACCGAGGAGCACGUUUUCUCCAGAGGACUGUUCGACCGCUUCGAGAAGGAGGAAGAAGGAAAGUCAGGUUCGGUGGCUCUGGCUGUGAUCCUGUCGGUGGCCAUCUUGGCUCUGCUAGCCGUGCUAGGCUACUGCUUCUUGAAGGCUCACAGGAAGCGCUCCCAUAGGCCCGUCGCCACAGGCCCCGCCCAUGUGGCGCUGUCUCAAGAGGACACGCCCGUUUACAACAGCACCACCAAACCAGUGUGAUGUCAUCACCUCCGCCGUUCUCACGGCGAUCUGCCACCAGCUGCUGCCUGUCUGUUUCCUGUUGUUGAUCAUUGAAAUAAAAGUGGUUUUAUUUAUGGCAUCCUGGUUAGCAUGCUAGCUAGGACCCUAGUUAACAUCUACGUUAGCACAUUAGUUAGGGUUGAGCUAGGAUCCUAGUUAGCAUCCUUCACCCUGGUUAGCAUCUUAGUUAGGAUAUAGGUAGCACCCUGGUUAGCACCUUGGCUAGUGCCCUAGUUAGCAUCCUUGCUAGUGCCCUAGUUAGGUCUUGACUAGCCUUUUUAACUGUGCUAGCUUCAUUACAUUGGCUCAGGGGGUCCUUUAGGUUCUGAGCCUUUAAGCUCAGCUGAGUGUGUGGCCACUUUAUUAGGUACACUGAUGGGUCUCAGGUUUAAUUAGUGUUAAUGUACAUGGUGCCUGUAAAUAAGGAGUUUUAAUAAAGUUUCAUGUGUUAAUAAACAACCUGAGAACA